GUAUUUCUGUUCUGCUUUCUAACUUCUCUUCUGUGCAGGCGAUAAAGAAAGACACCGGCUUCUGGAGGGAUUUUGGAUUCGGGAUGACUUGCCAGUACAGAUCCGACUUCAUCAAUAUCGGCGGUUUUGACAUCGACAUCAAAGGCUGGGGGGGUGAAGACGUGCACCUGUACAGGAAGUACCUGCACAGUAACCUUCUGGUGGUUCGAGCCCCGUCCCGAGGGCUUUUCCACCUGUGGCACGAGAAACACUGCGCCGACGAACUGCCGCCCGAUCAAUAUCGCAUGUGCAUGCAAUCAAAAGCCAUGAACGAGGCGUCGCACGGCCAAUUGGGGAUGCUCUUCUUCAGGCAGGAGAUCGAAGCGCACCUCCGUAAACAGAAAAAACCCAAAAAGACAUGAGGAUGGAGAAAAUGGCUGGAUUAUUGAUCACCGAAAUGACUGCAAAACGUUGAAAUAACGCAGAUGAAUUCAACUGAUCUGAACUGUAUCAGGUUUCUAAAAGGAAUGGUUAAUUGACAUCUUGGAAAAUAUAGCUUCUUGCUGAGAGUUAGCUAAUAAGAUAACUCUUGUGUCUGAAGGCUACAUAUUGAGCUACAGCUAGCAUGCAAUUAGCUUAGCAUAAAGACUUUUAAAUCUCUAAUCCGAAAACAAAAAGUGUAAAAAUGGCAAAUGAGUGAGAUAAGGUUCACUCUUAUGUCUGUAUGCUAAAAAGUGAGCUAGAGUUAGCAGGUAAUUAGCUUAGCAUAAAUAAUGUUACAUCUCUCUGUAAGAUAAGAUUCACUCUAAUGUCCGAACUCUACAUAUUGAGCUAGAGUUAGCAGGUCAUUAGCUUAGCAUAAAUAAUUUUACAUCUCUCUGUAAGAUAAGAUUCACUCUAAUGUCUGAACUCUACAUAUUGAGCUAGAGUUAGCAGGUCAUUAGUUUAGCAUAAAUAAUUUUACAUCUCUGUAAGAUAAGAUUCACUCUAAUGUCCGAUCUCUACACAUUGAGCUAGAGUUAGCUUAGCUUAGCAUAAAGACAACGGGAACCAGCUAGCUUGCAAAAAGCUACACACACAAGUUGAAGUGUAUAAAUAACACUUUCUUAUUUUUCUUUGCUGGGAACCUAUAGUUAUUGUUAGACCUAUUGCUAGCAGCUUAUUAGCAUAGCUUAGCAUAAAAGACUGGAAGUCUUUCAAAGCAAAAUGCAUUUUUUCUGUGAAAGACUAUAUUGACACUAUUCUAAUUCCUGGAUGCUAAAUAUAUACCUAGAGUUAGCAGGUAAUUAGCUUAGCUUAGCAUAAAGGUGGGAAACAUGCGGUCAGUGCUAGGUAAAAGCGAAGUGUAAAUAUCACACAUUUUGAGAGUGAGAUAGGAUUAACACUAGUAUGAUGUCUGUACUCUAAAUCUAGAUCUAGAGCGAGCUAGUAUUUAGCUUAGCUUAAAGACUAAAAAUAGGGAAAUAGCUAGCCUGAAAAAGCUGCAUACAUUUCACAUCCAAAGUAAAAAAUAUGGGGUUUAGUGCUUGGGAAUGUUUUGCUGUUAAUAGUCCGCAAUAGAAAAAUAUAUUUAGUUUUUUUGUGGAACACACAGUUAGUUGUUUCCCCUCUGAUUCCAGUCUUUAUGCUAAGCUAACUAACUCUCGCUUUAGCUUCAUAUCUAGGUCAUCUAACUCUCCACAAGAAAGCAAAUCUUUCCCAAAAUGUGAAACGAUUCCUUCAUCGUAAAAUGUGAAGACUUUCUUUUUACUUUUCAAAGACUCGGAGCACUUGAAAGGACAACAGAAGAUUCAGAUGAAUACAAAAAAGACUUGAGGAAUUCGUCGACGCAACUGGAGUCGGACAUUGUUCAUUUCCUGUCUGAAAACAUCUGUAAUUUAAUGUUUGAUUUGUAUUUUCUUCUGUAGCUCCAACACAUGUACAUGCUGUUUUCUGUCUGACUCUGAACUAUGUGCCUUGUGUGGAAAAAACCUGCAUUUUUUACUUGUAGGGAAACAGUGCCACCUAGUGGACUGAAAAUGAGCAACACGUCUGCAUUCAAAACAAUGAAGGACUUGCCUUUAAUGGCUUUGUAAAACAUAUUUUUAUAAAUUAUUCAUUCCUUUUUAUUUAUGUUUGUUCUUAUUUGUAAAUGCCAACAUGUAUUAGGAGCAUUAUUGCAGACAGUAUUCUGUGUGGGUCUAAAAACAUGCAUUUGUCAGUAAAAUCAAAAAAAAUCUCAAUAAGCCUUUGAAAUAUCACACGUAUGUUUUAAAGCCCAAUAAAUAUGUAAAAUAGGUUUAUUUUUAAAUGGUUUAAUAAACAUUUUUUUGACUUAUUUGUGCUUUUUGUCACAUGUUCUGGUUGCAUAAUGGAUAUUUUAAGAUAAAGGGUUAUUGACUGGCAGGGUAACGAUGGCUUAAAAAGUCAGAAUUGAUCUUUUGUCAAUUAAACGUGUUUUGCAGUCGCAGAAACUGGAGAUGUUUUAAAAUAUAUCUGCCUCUCUUGUUCAUUUGAAUGACUUUGAAAUGUAAUUUUCGAGUUGAAUAAAAACAUAUUUGUGCAUUAA